GUAUUCAAUCAAAACUAUUCUAAAUAAUCAUAGAUAAUGAUAAUAUAAUAUCUCGCUAAUUCAAUACAAGCCAGCAACGCUAACCAAGUGACGUCUUUCCAAUUUAGCAGCAGAUCUUCCUUGCGUCACCUUAAUUGCUUUCCCAUAGAUAUUCUGUUAUUGUUGUCUGAGAGCGGCUGCAACGCAAUUAAAAAGGAUUUGAAUCAACUAAAAGUGUCUUUGUUACUUUAUAGCUUUAAACUAGUCAAAAAUGUUUGCUAAGAAGAAACCAGAGCCUGCCAAGCGACGACAGCAUAAUUUGGCACAGUUUGGCUUGACGGAAAUACCAGAUGACUUUGAUCCCAGCUCUGGCUAUGGGGAUGACGAUGGCGGAGAUAGCGAUCUGGAGGCAGAGCUGGCUGCCAUUGCCAGUGGCGGCGGCCAGAGGCCCAAGGCGAAGCCCAAGCCAAAGCUCCUGCCACCCAGUGAUUUGGACAAAAUGAUUGCCGACAGCUUGCGUGAUGUCAGCGAUGACGAUGAUGAUGAAAAUCUGGAAAAUGAUUCCGACCUGUUGGGCGAACUGAGUGGCAUUGGCGGCUUGGAGGAGGAAGAACCAGAGACGGAAGAAGCAGCAGCUGAACCAGCGGCUGCCAACGAUGAGCCUGUGCAGACUUUCCUACCCACCACCACAGUGGAUACGCUGGGCAUAAUCAAGCAGAGGCUGGAAAUGUAUAAACAGGCGGAGGCGAAUGCCAAGACUACCGGAGAUUCCGGCAAGGCGCGACGCUUUGGUCGAGGUCUCAAAACCUUACAAGAUCUGCACAAGCAGGCGGCAGCCGGAAAGACCAUCAAUGUGGAUGAUAUACCGCCUGAAGUAAGUGUGAAGCCAGCUGGAGGCGCCGUCGAACCCUCGCCAGCUGUAGAUGAAUCUCCUGCUCCAGCCACUCCAGUGGUACAGCCCAGACGUGUGGCUCCUGCUCCGCCCACACCAACAUCUCCGCCAGCUGCUACACCUGUGGAGCCUGCCGCGCCAACAAAUCCCCUUGUGGCUCAAAUGCGCAGCCGUCAGAGUGAAUACAAAGCUGCGGCCCUGCAAUUCAAGCGCAGUGGCGACACAGCCAAUGCCCUGCAGUUCCUCAAGGUGGUCAAACAAUUCGAUGUGGUGGUAAAAAUGUGCGAGGAUGGGCAGGAGGUUGAUCUCAGUGACAUGCCGCCACCACCCGGUGAAUUUCUGGAGUUCCUAGCGAAGAUGAAAGACGGAGCAGCCCCCGAAGCGGCAGCAGCUCCAGAGCCGACACCGGCUCCAGCACCAGCUCCUCCGCCAGCUGCUGCCUCAACCAUGCUGGAGGCACUGCAGCAGCGCCUGGAAAAGUAUCAGUCUGUGGAGGCGGCUGCCAAGGCCGAGGACAACACCAGCAAGGCGCGACGCUUUGGACGGAUUGUCAAGCAGUACGAGGAUGCCAUCAAACAGUACAAGGCGGGCAGACCAGUGGCCUACGAUGAGCUGCCUGUGCCGCCAGGUUUCGGGCCACUGCCCACGACAGAGUCUGCUCCAGCAGCCGCACCAUCACUGCCAACAUCACCCACAUCUCCGCCAGCCACGGCAAGCACUUCUGCGGGUGGAACUCCCACCGGCAGCAGCGCGGCCACACCAACGGGGCCACGAAAGGCGGCACCACCACCACCACAGCCAACAGAGCUGACGACACGCGUCACAGGCAACCAUCAGAAGAGUAAUCUGGCCGAGCAGCAAAUGAAGCUGCUGCUGGAGCGACAAAAGGAGUUCAAGGUGGCCGCCAUCGAAGCCAAGAAAGCGGGAGAAAUAGAUCAAGCCAAGGAGUACCUCAAGAUCUACAAGGGAUUCGAUUCGCUGCUCAAUGCAGCCAGCAGCGGCCUACCUGUGGAUCUCAGCACGCUGCCCGUGCCGCCCUCACAGCGUGACAAUUUGGAGGCCUCGUUUGCCAUUGUGUCGGCAGAGGAAUGCGAUCCCAGCGAUGACAUCUGUGAGAUUGGUGUACGCAUGGAGGAGCAGCUGGCCAAGCAGCUGAUGAUGUGCAAGAAUACGCGAGACCAUCACAAGGCCAUGGGCGAUGUGGCCGGCAUGAAUCGGUUCGAGAAUCUAGCCCUAACUGUCCAAAAGGAUCUCGAUCUGGUGCGUUACUCCAAGCGCAAGGGCCAGCCACUGCCCAAGUUCCACUACGAAAAGCGCAACUUCAACAUUGUCCACUGCAACACAGAUCUGACAGACAACGAGCUGGAAAUCGUUGUGGCACGAGGCAUCAACUACAAUGUGCCCAAUCCCAAAGAAGUGGACACCUAUGUGCGAGUAGAGUUUCCACUUCUCAACGAUGAAUCUUUCAAGACAAAAACAAAUGUGAUUAAGGACACAAACAGCCCAGACUAUGAUGAACGCUUCAAGGUGGACAUUCAGCGCACCAAUCGCCAGUUUCAGCGUAUCUUCAAGCGGCACGGUGUCAAGUUAGAGAUAUAUUCCAGAGGCUGCAGCAUAGAUUGUUGUGGACUAAGUCGUAAACUGCCCCUAUGUUGUUUCAGAGGAUUCCUGCGUUCCGACACACUGAUUGGCACCGUCAAUGUGAAGCUGCAGCCGCUGGAGACCAAGUGUGACAUACACGAUACGUAUGAUCUGAUGGAUGGUCGCAAGCAGGUGGGCGGCAAACUGGAGGUCAAAGUCCGCGUACGCAAUCCCAUACUGACGAAGCAAAUCGAACACAUCAACGAAAAGUGGCUGGUCCUAGACGCCGAGGGUUGAACUGGAUUUCGAGAGACUUAUUUAUAGUGCUUUGCUUGAAGCAAACUAAAAGUAUUUUGUUUAAAAGAGAACUGGGGUUCUUGAUCGUUUCUGUUGUCCUCUCUCUCUCUCUGUAAAUACCCACGCCCAGGCAGAGAAUGCUUAAUGGUUACGCUUUUGGCCAGUUCCCUGCACAGGAUAAAGGCAUUUUAUGCAUUACGAACACAACACAGAUUAUGUACUAUAUACUAAAUAUUGUAUAUGAUUUAUAUAUAUAUAUAAAGGUUGGCUUAAGGCUGAGGCGCAUGUCCAGAAGAUUUGUGCCCAAUGAAGUCAGUUCGAGUUCCAUUCCAAGAGAUAGACAGACAGAUAGAGGGAUAGCGCCUGGCCGUAGCCUGAUUAUGUUUUUCAUU